AUUACCCAAUAUAGUAAGGAUUCCAUUAGGCAUUAGUACGUACCAAUUGUUGGAAGAAUUAAUGGGGACAGUAAUCGACUCCCAUUUCUUGGGACUAACUGCCAUUGUUACAGUUGGUUACCAGUUUAUCUUUUUUAUAAUUACAGCACUCCUCAAGUUUGAUAAAGUGACUGACUUCGCGGGAGGUACAAAUUUCAUUGUGCUUGCUGCUUUAACUUUGAUACUAAAGGGUUCAUGGAAUUUUCGACAGGUGGUUUUGUCUGUGUUUGUCGUGGUAUGGGGCCUUCGACUCGGGCUAUUUCUAUUAAUGAGGAUAUUACAGUGGGGCGAGGAUAGACGUUUUGAUGAUAAGCGUGAUAAUCUGGGUAAAUUGGCAGUAUUUUGGAUAUUUCAGGCAAUCUGGGUAUGGACUGUUAGUUUACCGGUAACAGUUGUUAAUGCAAGUGACCACCAGCCAUCUCUUCAAGCAGUAGACAUUAUUGGUUGGAUUAUGUGGUCUAUUGGAUUUUCAGUGGAGAUUACAGCUGACCAACAAAAGUUGGCAUUCAAGAACUCCCCAGAGAAUAGAGGAAAGUGGUGCAAUGUUGGAGUUUGGAAGUAUUCCCGUCAUCCAAACUAUUUUGGCGAGAUCCUUCUGUGGUGGGGAAUAUUUGUGGCUUCGACACCAGUGCUUGAGGGUGCUGAAUGGCUCGUUAUUCUUGGACCAAUAUUCUUAACAUUGCUGCUUCUUUUUGUUAGUGGCAUACCCCUGCUUGAGGAAUCAGCAGACAAGAAACAUGGAAAUGUAGCUGAAUAUAGAGUAUAUAAGAGGACAACAAGCCCUCUCAUUCUGCUGCCCCCUGGAUUAUACGGAAAGCUUCCUCCAUGGUUCAAAACUGUAUUCCUUUUUGAGUUUCCUUUGUACAGUCGCAAUCUUGCCCAAGACGAGUUAAGCUGGUAAAACUUCAAUCUUUUACCAUGAUGACCUUCUUAUGAAAUUAUAAGGGAAGUUGAUAUUCUGUGCGAGGUACAGAACUGAAACUUGCACGUUACAUGCAAGAUAGCAACACUGCUUGCUGAGUUACAACUGAAUUCUCAACUACUAUAUAUUCAAUAUAUAGUUUAUUCUUUUUCAUUCUUCAUCUUUUUGGUUCCUUUUGUUUACUCUCAUCUUACUUACCCUCUUUAUUCGUCAUUUGUAUAUCUAAUUUUGCUUUUACAUUUGGUAUUGUGCAGUUACUUCUCUGUCAUUGUAAGUUUGUUACUUGAAAUGUUUUGUGUUGGAAAACUAAUUCAAAGUUGUAGUGGGAAAUCAAAACUCAUUUAGGGUUUGGUAUUUGCAAGUUUAUUUAA